GCCAUUGUGGCCGAAUAUGAUUGCCAACUACAAAAAUGGAUUCUUUAAACUUAAUUAAAUCUGCAGUAAUUAUCAAAAAAGUAAAAUGGAACGAAAUCUUUAUUUUAAGGUGUUUUAUAGGAAUUUAAAGAAGAGUAGCAAUAAAUCAGUAGAGAAUAACAACUAAGACUCUAUAUAAGAAAGGCUUACUAAAGUCCUACAACUACAUAAAACCUGGUAAGAAAAGGAAAUUUUGUUUCGGGAGCCUUAAGUUAGAGCAAUUAUCAAUAAGACUUUGUACUGUUCUGCAGGCAGUAAAGUGAAAGCUUUAAAAAAGCUCACUCUUUUUAACCAGUUGACUCUCGAAAGUGAUUUUGAGCCCUCAAUCGUGUUACUUUAGAUAUGGCGACUGUAAUUAGCAUAUCAUAUUCCAAUGUAUAUCAACUUAAUUAUCUCUUCUUCGCUAAACCAGCGCAUUCAGUUAACUUUGGCAACACUGCAUUACCAAAAGCUUAACUAGCAGGCCUCUAGGCGCUUCGGGAUUUCACUUUAUCUACAUGCCACUGUUACCGUUUUUCAAAAGUGACAUUCACCACACUCUGACUCCAACACAUGCGCAACUAAAUCCUACCAACGCCGUUGGUGAUAGGCGCUCGUAGCUUGGCACGUGUACGUCACUCACACUCCAAGCAAACGCAGGCACCUCAAAUUACUCUUACUCCCUGUUUUUACUCUCCCUCUCAUUUCAUUGAGUUCGCUUUUAGCGCUUUAGGAGCAAAAUAUUCAACCGGUAUUUAAACACAAAAGCAGCUGGAGCAAGUCGGCAAGCAAACAAAUCAGCGAACAAAGUGGAAGCGGGCGCAUAAUGCAAGGCCGCCAGCGAGUUUCACUCAAAUUUAAUCUAAGCCUACUUAUGGCCUACAAUGUUUGCAUGUAGCGCCUGCCAGCGAGAGGUGAAUGUCCUGAAAUGCCAACAACAGGCGCUGUUACAUAUGUAGCUUACAUAGCAAAGCGCUCCCGAUUCAUGUGAAGCAUAAUGUUCGUGAUGCUCACGUUGAAAAAGGUCAAUCACCCGACCUUGGGGUGCGACACAGUUGGGCAACUCGUGGCAUCAAUAGCUUCAUCAUUAUGACGUAGUUAUAUGUAUGGUAGGCCAUUAUUGUAUAUAGUAUUUGCGACGUAAUGGUCAUUAACAAGUGUGGGUGUGUGCCUCUGCCAAAUACAAAUGUAUACAAGUAUGUACGUGCUCGUAUAGAGAGUAUAUGGUUGUUAAGGCGAGUUCAUUGACCUCGUUUAUAUGUAUUUCGACGCUGAAUAUUUUUCGGUUGCUCCAUUUGUUCAGUGAUAGUUCGACGAGGAAACGGAAGUUUCCGAAUUUAAAAAUUCUUAUUUGCUCAUCCUUUUUGUAAUAAAAUUAAAAAAAUAGCUAAAAACUGUCUGAAACAAAAUGUCAAAAUUUUUAUAAAUGUGAAGGAUUCUAGAUUCGAGAGAAUGAAAACGAGUAAUAAUAUAUAUUGGAGAAUACAAUAAAAAGAAAUUAUACUCUUGUUCUUGUUCUCUUACCAAGACAAUUCCUACUACUAAAUCAGCAAAAUGAAUAUAUUUCACAGCAGGGUAUAUUAAGUUUGCCAUGAAGUUUGUAACAUCCCAAAGGUUAAGUUGGAGACCCUAUAAAAUGUAUAUAAAUAUAUAAUGGUAUGAUGACCCGAGGUGGUUUAGCCAUGUCUGCCGGUACUUCUGUUUAACUUAUAUACGCCAACUAGUCCACCAGUUUUUGAGGUAUCAAUUUGAAAAUUUGCAGAUGUCAUUUUCUCCCUACAAAGGUACUUUAUUUUCGGAAUCGCCGAUAUAUAGCAUAUAUGUAGCUGCCAUACCAGCAUACAUCUUUGGAGUGGAAUAUCGGGCAAAGCUACGGUGCAGUUUCCGAAGAAAUUGUUCAGAUCAGUCAUGCAAACUAACCGAUCAAAAUUAAAACGUUUGUUUGUAUCAACCACUACCACGCCCACAAAACGGCAAAAAACGUCAUUAAACGAAAAUUUAUAAAGUGUCAUAUUAGCAAUAAAUUUGGAUAAAGCACUGUAACUUGGCAAAGUAUAUGGCAAUAGGGCGGCAAAAAAAAUAUAAAAAAAUGGGUGUGGCCAAGCCCUCUAACAGGUUUAGUCUACAUAUCUCUUAAACCAGUAAAGCUAGAAUAACCAAAUUCACAAAGCACGAUUCCUAGAAAAAUCCGUACCGACAUCGCAGAAAUAGGUUAAAUCGGAUGAUAUUGCCGCACACACCCCUUAUAACUACUAAAAGUGCGACAAAUAAAUUCGCGAGAGACAUCAAAUUUUAGACCGCCCACAUCUCGGUGAAGAGCCAUAUCUCAGGACCUACUCAACCGAUUUCGACCAAACUUGGUAUAUAAUGUUAACCUGACAUUUAUAUUUUCCAGUGCGAAAACAAACGAAAUCGGACUACAACCAAGUCCUCUACCGUCUACGUCUCCGUCUGCUUCCCACAUAAACAAAUUUUAAAUUCUUUAUUUUGAUCGAAUAGCGCACUUAAAGUAAAACACCUUAUGACCAAAUCCUAAUCGGACCAAGACUACUGAAGUAUCCAGAUACCGAAUAAAUGAAUCAAAGUUCCAAUUGCGAAUCCUUUUAUCGAAAUUAUCGGUCAAUCUGUGAGAUAUAUUAUAUAAAUCCUGAGAGAAUUCUUUUCUAAUAAUAAUAUGGCUGCAUGUAAAAAAGGGUUGAGUGGGAUAAGUAAUUUUUUAGCCCCCAUAUACUUAAUAGAAUGCACUGUCAGUUGACUUCAUCAACAAGAGUCGGGGGAAACUUACCCUAGGCUUUACAUAAUUUACAGCCAUUGCACUUGAAGAUAUUUCUCUGUUUUUGAUACUGAAAAGUUUCAAGAGUAUGAAAUGCUCGGAUACACCCGACCUUGGCCUUACCUUACUUGUUUAAGUAUCUUUCGAGUACAUGUGAGCUUUUUUUAUUUGAGCAUUUUUAGAUUUAGACACUUAAGCGCCCUCUUGCGUUUCAAAGUUCGCCUAAGUCCGCUCGUAUGCGGAUACCAACGAUAGUGAUGAUCGGGGCUUUGGUUAAUAUACAUAUUAAUGAUCAUAAUACCGAACACUUUAAAUAUAUUGUCAUAGCAAAUUGUGACAAAAAACAAAAUUCGCUGAAGGAGCUGAAGGCCAUCCUAAAAAGUGCUUAUAAAAAGUGUUUCAAGAACUGGAAAAAUCGAUGGCAUAAAUGUAAUACAUCUGGUAGGGACUGCUUUGCAGGCGAUAUAAUUAAUACUGAUGAAUAAUUAAAUAUUUUGCGUGUUCCUUACAAUUUUCAGGUGCUUUUUUGUCCCAAUCUAUAUGGUGUAAUCUUUUUUAGAAAACAGAGUGACUAUUUUUUCUAAUCACAAGUGGUUUACUUUUGCUCUCAAUAAUAUCUACACCUCUGAAAAAUGUUCCAAAAAGCUUAAGUUUCAGUAUCAACCAUUAUAAUUACCAGAUAAUAUAUGAACGUACAUAUAUAAUCUUGGGAGAAUCUAACAGAACAAGAAAGUAAACUGAACAAGUAAAGAUGUAGUAUAUCGCUACAUUUCCAAAAUUACUUAAAAACUAAAAACAUAAAAACGUUUGCUCUUAACUCUUACUUAUUCACAUUAGAUUUCGUUUAACUUCGGCAAAUUAAGUCACACGAGAACACAGCUGGUCGAUGUGAUAAGGAGGCUUGUUUGCCUAUAUUUAAGAAUAAGCAAUAAAUACGAAGUAAAUAAAAUUAAUAUUUACCGGUUCUCUUUGGAAUUUGUAUAAACGGCAAACAGAGCUAUAAAGAAAACAAAACAAAAACAAAAAAACAACUAAGAAGGUUGACUUAAACAGCAAAGUAAAUAAACCAGUUAGGCCAGGUCAUUUUUAUGUGUAAAUACAUUUACAUAUAUACAUAUUUAUAUAUUUUCACUUAGAUACACGUUUUAUUGAUACAAUUUUAUAUAAGAAGUUAAUAUUCAUUUACACAAACACUAUUGUGGAUAAGCACAUAAAAAUAUCAAUAUUUAUGAAUCGAUCGGCUCGACAAGGCUGCCUCGCGGAUGAGAGUUCUAAUUGUUUAAAAUAUAUAAAUUCAAACCAAAUGGAAAUUAAGUUCACAAGCCCUUAAUUCCUUAGCCAUCCAACUGAGCGCGAUCGCGUGUUUCUGCAGUGCUUGGCGAGAGGUCGAAGCUGCCACAGUCUCUUCUCACAUAUUUCUUCUCAAUAAUAUUCUUUAAAACAUUCUUUUGGUUUAUUAUUUAUUAUUUUUGUUAAACUUUAAUCUUAACAAUGUCUAAAUCUCUCUCUUGUUCUACUUUACAAAACGACGACGUAAAACGCGACUCGGCAUUGAAGCCUAUACUCUACUCGUAUUGGCGUAGUUCCUGUUCGUGGCGGGUGCGCAUCGCCCUCAACUUGAAGGAAAUACCCUACGAUAUCAAACCCAUCAGCCUCAUCAAGUCGGGCGGUGAACAGCAUUGCAAUGAGUAUCGUGAGGUCAAUCCGAUGGAGCAGGUGCCAGCGUUGCAAAUCGAUGGCCACACGCUGAUCGAGUCUGUCGCCAUUAUGCACUACUUGGAGGAGACACGUCCCCAACGUCCAUUGCUGCCACAGGACGUGCACAAACGAGCCAAAGUGCGUGAAAUAGUCGAAAUCAUCUGUUCGGGCAUACAACCACUGCAGAAUCUGAUUGUACUCAUUCAUGUCGGCGAGGAGAAGAAGAAGGAAUGGGCACAGCACUGGAUUACGCGCGGCUUCCGCGCUGUCGAAAAGGCGCUCUCCACCUCGGCUGGCAAAUACUGUGUGGGCGAUGAGAUUUCCAUGGCCGAUUGCUGCUUGGUGCCACAGGUCUUCAAUGCAAGAAGAUUCCAUGUCGAUCUACGUCCAUACCCGAUCAUCUUGCGUAUUGAUCGUGAAUUGGAGGCUAACCCCGCCUUCCGCGCCGCACAUCCAUCCAACCAACCAGACUGUCCACCGGAGUUGCCAAACAAAUAGAAUUUCCCGUCAACAACUGCGAAGCGCCGCAAAACCAAAAAAUGAUCGCAAACAACACAAUAACAACAACAAGAACAAAAGUAGCAGCAGCACCAUCAAGCAUAACCGAAACACCUGGAAGACGCCGAACCCAUACAACGGCGCACAAAUUGAAAACAAACGACAAAAUGUGGCACUUUCAAGCAGUUGAAACAAAUCUGACCAAACGAAGCAACGGAAAAUUGCAAAUUAAAUAAAGAAAAAAUAACAAAAACCACAAGAUAAAAUUUUGAAAGACGAAUUGGCAAAACCUUGAGACAUAUUAAAUACGUAUGUAUAUCUAUAGAGAUAUUUAAAAAUACUUGAAACUUGCAAAAUUCUGCAAAACCGUUAAAUGGAGAUCAGUUGUAGGAUAAAGAGUCCACAAAGUGGCCCACCUAGAACCGCUCGACAACUAAACAAAAUAAGCAUAUAAUAAAUGUAUGAAGAAAUUGUGAAAUGCAAACUCAAAGAGGGUAGAAAAUGUGAGAGCUAAUCGAUCAUUUGGAAUGUGAGAAAGCAUAAAAAUUUGAUUUAAAAAAAUAUUUGGCAACAAUUGUGAAAAUUAUCUGAAAGAUAUGAAUACGUAUUUUAUAGAUUACACUUAAACACACACACACACACACACACAAAUAUAUUAUAAGCAUUACUUAAAAAAGUAUGUAAAUCUAUAAAAGGUUAAAGGAAAAAAGUUGAGAUUUCGAAAAUAAAUUGAAAAUAAAUUCGAAAACAAAAAAGUAAAAAUUAAAAACUUGUGAAAUUAUGUACGAAAAGCAAAAUUAAAUUCAGGGAUUUUUAAGCAACUAGAAGGGAAUAAGUGAAAUUUGCAAAAAAUGAAAAUACACACACACCCACACAAACAACACAACCAGCAGACACUUGAGCAAGCCAUUGACCACAACACCAAACAAUAACGGUGCAAACACAAAGAACUUGUAACAAAAUACAAAACACGCAAAUAAAAGAGUACAAAAUGCAGUAAAUUAAUUCAUUGAAACCAAAAAGUACAUAAAAGCAUAAGUGAAAAACAAAAACAAAAACUAUUAGCUUCCUAAAGUGAACGUGAAAAUUAAGCAUUACAUUAAGGGAACAACAAAAACAAAAUGUAUUUUAAUAGUUGGACAAGCAUUAAGAUUUUCAGAAAA